GAAAACUUUGAAGCUUGCUGGUAUACCAUAUUUGGAGGAUAAAGCUUCACUUAGAAAAGAGCUUGCAGAAGCUUUGCCAAAUUGCACAAUAACAUUGGAAUAAAUUACAUGAAACAUCGAUAUUAAUAGUACUUGUACACAGUUUAUUAGUGUAUCCUACUAUACAUUUAUUAUUUUACAUUGGCUACAAUUACAUUGUAUCAUUUCCUUAUAUUUGAAACUCUGCACAACGUGUUCUUAGUUUUCGGAUUAUAUUAUAUUUUCAACAAUGCCGCAAGAUAUGAAUAUUUUAUGUUGUUAUUCUUGCCAAAUGUAUCAAGUACAUAUAGUGAAAAAAGCACGCAAAUGGCAUUGCAAAUUGUGUAAUGCAAAACAAUCUAUAAGGAAGAUCUAUUUUCAAGGAUCUGGUAAAGAUUGUCGUCUUCAUGUUCAACAUUUGAAUUCUUUGAAAGCAAACGACACAUCAGUUUUCUUAUAUUCUAAGCAAGAGGACAGCAGUGAUAAUUAUAAUGCUACAAGUACUACUCAAGAAUCGGACAUUGAUAAUCCUGUUAAAAAUAAGUUGGCAAAAUAUUCACACUCCCCGAAAAAAGAAAAUCUAUCUGACGUAGAGGAUUUAUCUUCUCAUAAUAUUCAUGAAGUCGAAGAUAUAACAAAUGAAAAAUCUGUGUGUAAUAUGAUAAACAAUGAUGCAGAGGAUUUAUCUUCUGAUAAUAUUCAUGAAGUCGAAGAUAUAAUGACAAAUGAAAAAUCCUUGCGUAAUGCGACAAACAAUGAUUCAUGUAAUUUUGAAAAUAUCGCAGAUGAUUAUACUUUAAAAAAUGAAGAUAUUAUUGACAAAGAGAAGUUAUGUUCUACUAAUUUGGAUUAUUCUGGUAUCGAAGAUAAAUGUAAUUUGCAAGAUAACGAUAAAUCAAACAAAGAUUAUAAUGUUGCUAGCAUUUUUGAAACUUAUAGUAACUUAGAUGAGCCUCUCGAUAUUUAAUAAUUUUCUUAAAUUAAAAGAUUAUCCCUGUGUAAAUUAAUAAAAGAACAACGCAGGAACUUAUAUAUUAUUUGAAUUAUAUAAUUUAAUUAUUUUUCUGAAAAGUAACAUUUUAUUACAGAAUUUAAUACACAAAAAAUUCAAGAAAAUAUAUACCAUCAAAUUGUUUUCCAUAAAUUUCAUAUCCUACAAUUUCAAUUAAAUGCAUAAUUUGUCUACUUUUCAUAGUCUAUAUACAUAUGUAUUUCUGUGGUAACUAAUGUUUUUUUUAAUUUAAUGUUUUCCUAUAUAAAAAGAGUAAUAUCGCAAAGAAAUAUUUUUUCUUCUAAAUUCUAGACUUAAAUAAUUAUUUUCUUUUGUUACAUUUUUCCUAUGAUAAAAAUAAGUGAAUAACAGUUUACUAUAUAAUUCAGUUUUUUUUCCAGGAAAAAUAUAAUGCUGGUUGGAAGAGAUUGACUGUUGUUACAUAAUUUAUUUAAAACAUAAUCCAAAUUUAUGAAUAUAGUAAAUUUGCAAAGAAUAUAUGCAAAACGUCAUAUAAAUUAAAAAACAGUAUGUUGUAAUAUAUCUAUUUGUACAAUAUGCAUAUAUCACGUAUUUAUCUUUACUUCUCUUAUUAGUAAUAUACGCCAGCAUUCUAUUUUUCCUCAAUAUAUAUUAUGCCUUACUAAUAAUCAUUCUAUUAUACUAAAACAGCAGUGCUAAAAGAAUACGGCAACAAAUAUAAUAUUUAUUGUUAUAUUAAAAGAUUUAAAGUUACAAAUAAAAAUUUUCUAAUUACUAAUAUUUAUAAUUUUAGAACAUUCUUAAACAUUCAACUAAAGUUUAGAUCUUUCUUUCUUAGAAUCGAUAUCCAGAUAUAAAGAAGGUCGAUGCUUAUAAAUGUUAUGGCAGUGCAUUAUAUAAGGGUACAUGUGUAUAUUUUGUCAUGUAAAGGCAAUAGGAAAGCUAAAAAAAUGGCAGCGUUUGAUAAACAUUUCUGAUUGUUACAUAAAUGAUAUAUUGUAAAAAGAUUGCAAUUGGCAAGGGAAGAUAAAAUUAUUCUUUUCGUUGUGCCUUCAGUCUUCUAUCACACAGCUGAUUUCAGUAAUAAUAUAUUCUAAAUAAUAAAUAUACUUCUUAUAAUAAGAAAA